ACAUCAGUCACAUUUCAGAACUUGACAGCUCUGUCUCAGAUCCUCAGAUCAACACAUUAGUUAUUUUGAGCCGAGCUGAUGAAGAAGAGCUGCGCUUCCUCCUUGCCCAGAGUGAGCCUACUGAAGCAGUCCUGCUGCCAAAGCCGCGUUGCGACGAGCAGGUCGUUAUGCAGAUCUAUGAAUGUACCAUAUGAAAGGGGGCGCUACGACAUCGAGAGCUCGACAGAAAGAGGCAGUGAUGCUUUUAUUAAGUUUCAGCCUCAGGCUUUUCCCCCGAGCCCCCACGCUCCACUUGCCCCCAUGCGAGAUGAUGUGCCUCUCACUGAACCGUGUACUGGACGCCUGAGCGCCGCCGCCCGCGCCGACCUGGGGCUCGGCGACAGGGACACGAUCACCUACAGAGUGUCUACUGCUCCGUCUGAUCUAAGAACAGCGAGACAUCCACCUCAUACUUCCUCAUUCAGACCUUCACCUGGGUUGUGUGACGCAUCGGCGAACAGGUGCUGGGGCUCCAGAGUCAAGAGUACGGUACCAGCUGACACUGAAAACCACUGCAACAAGGAGAGCCCUGAUCCAGGUUCCAGCAGUCCUCUGGCCUGUGAAGAUCUCAAGAGGAAUGCAUUUAUCUCCGUUUCCCCUGAAUCAAUGGACAAGGAUUUGCAGCACAUCUACACACCAAAAGCACAAAGAAGUUACAAGGAUAAUCAAUGGAACACUAAUUUAUCGCCUCAUCUUAAACCACCACUGAAUACACUGGAGAAAAUGGCAGACCCUGUAAGUCAGUGCUUCGUUUUGAAGAGAUACAAUAGCAGGCCUGAACUAUGGCAGACUAUUGGACCUCAAUGGAAUAAGCAUCAAAUUCGUGCCUCAUAUAAUGUUAAGAAGCCCUUCAGUUUUACCAGCCCUUGUCCAAAAUCAGGACAAAUCCCUUCAUAUAGUGGUGUUAUAGGCUCUGAGAACAUGGACAAUAUUGACAUCCCAGAGAAAGACAUUCCACUGACAGUGCUGCGUACCGUCUUACCUCCUGACACUCCCACAGCCCACCGUCCAACUAUUCCUGGUUACACUGGGAAAGCUCUACACAACAGACCACACACCUCAGCCACCAGCCAGCCUUCUUCAAUGCUCACUCAUCAGACUACAAGGGGCAGUUCAACCCCAUCACCCUAUGGUCGGCAGGCCCCCUUGUCCAGAGUGGUCAUCUCUGUCUCACCGAGCAACCCGUUCCUUCAACCUAAAGCACCUACUCCUAUUUAUUCUCCGUCUCGUUGCAUGAAAAUAAAAUAGCCACAAAAUGGAGGAGUAAAAAAUGUUGCUUUUAAAGAAAUCAAGUCUGUAUUAAUGAUG